AAAAAUGGGAGAGUAAAACUCCGCUGAUAAGACGUUCGAGAGACAGAACGAAAGGGAGAAAGCGGAGAGAGAGGAACUGUUCGAUUUGUUUUUGUUAUAUUAAUCGAGGGAGAGUCGCCGGAAUAGCCGGUAGGAGAACUUGAAUUCUCUGCGAUCUCGUUGAGGAGUGUGCGGUUGACGGAAUUUGAUUGCUCUCAGCGGUUGAAUUUUUUGAGCGAGCGAAGAUGGUGAAUGCUAUGGUGGAGAGAGCCACCAGCGACAUGUUGAUCGGUCCGGAUUGGGCCAUGAACAUGGAGAUCUGCGACGUGCUCAAUCAGGACCCUGGACAAGCAAAGGAUGUUGUUAAAGGCAUAAAAAAGCGGCUUGGAAGUAAGAAUUCAAAAGUUCAACUUCUCACACUGACACUAUUAGAGACUAUUGCAAAGAACUGUGGGGACAUUGUCCAUAUGCAAGUAGCACAGAGAGAUAUUCUUCCUGAGAUGGUGAAAAUAGUCAAGAAAAAGCCUGACUUACAUGUCAAGGAGAAGAUACUAAUUUUAAUAGAGACUUGGCAAGAAGCUUUGGGUGGACCAAGGUCAAGAUAUCCACAAUAUUAUAUAGUAUACCAGGAGUUGUUGCAAGCAGGAGCAGUUUUCCCGCAGAGAUCUGAGAGGUCUGCACCUGUAUUUACACCAACGCAAACACAUCCUUUGAGUUCUUAUCCCCCAAAUAUUCGCAAUUCCGAUAAUCGGCAGGAGACAGCUGAGUCUUCCGCAGAGGCUGAGUUCCCAACCUUGAGUUUGACAGAAAUUCAGAAUGCACGAGGCAUCAUGGAUGUCCUUGCAGAAAUGCUAAAUGCAUUGGAACCUGGCAAUAAAGAGGGACUUAGGCAGGAGGUUAUUGUUGACUUAGUGGAGCAGUGCCGUGCAUAUAAACAAAGAGUGGUACACCUUGUUAAUUCGACUUCGGAUGAAUCACUGCUAUGUCAAGGGUUAGCAUUGAAUGAUGAUUUGCAACGUGUACUUGCGAAGCAUGAAUUUAUAGCUUCUGGAAGUUCUGUUAAAACUGAGAAACCCAAGCCUGAACCCAGUGGAGCACUUGUAAAUGUUGAUGCUCCCCUAGUUGAUACUGGAGAUAACCACAAACAGUCCAAUGGAAGAGCAACCUCAAUCACUGAUGCAGGAUCUCAGCCACUGAAUCAGUUAUUGCUUCCUGCACCUCCUGCAACUAAUGGUCCAACUCCCACAACAGCAGUUAACCCCAAAAUAGACCUGCUGAGUGGUGAUGACUACAGUUUACCUAAGGUGGAGAAUUCCCUGGCCCUUGUGCCUGUAGCAGAUUCACAAGGCACGCAAGCAACAAUUCCUUUAGUGCAGAACAAUGCUCUUGUUCUGUUUGACAUGUUUUCUGAUAACAGUAACAAUUCAAAUUCUGUCAACCCUCAAUCUUCCAGUUUAGCUGGACAAUCCAAUGUUUUGAAUCCUCAGCAGCAUCAGAAUUUUCAAACUACAGAAGCUGGAUUUUAUUCAAAUGGAACUGCUCCAAACAUGGGAUCUCCUCCCUGGAAUGGUCAGCUUGCCCGCCAGCAGCAGCUGCCGCCUCAAUCACCACUUUAUGGUUCCCCCAGCACUGGGUCACUACCACCACCUCCUUGGGAAGCACAACCAGCAGACUACAGUCCAGUGUCUAGCCUUACUGCAGACUACAGUCCAGUGUCUAGCCUUACUUCAGCCGCUCAAUACCCACCCCCAAUGCAACUUGCUACCCAAGUUGUUGUAACACAUUCUCAGCCUCAGGGACUUCAACCAAUGGGAAAUGAUCAAGUGGUGGGCAUGGGUAUGUACAUUCAGCCAUUUACAAGUGGUCACUUGUCCGGAAUCAAUAACUAUACUGUUCAGGGCAGCCAUAUGUUUGGUAUGCAGCCCCAACAAUUCCAAGGAGCAUCAUAUAUGGGAAUGCUUCCACAGCAGAUGCCAGCUGGUCAAAUGGCUUCAAUGUACCCUCAACAGAUGUCUUCUAUGUAUCCUCAGCAAAUCUAUGGCAACCAAAUGGCAGCGUAUGGAUAUGGUCAGCAUCAAGCGGCAUCGUAUCUUCACCAGCGAAUGUAUGGGCUGUCUAUUAGAGACGACAAUGGCUUGAGUAAUUCUUUGUACCAGGGUUCAGCACCAUCUUACGUUCCACCCAGCAAGCCUCCGAAACCUGAGGAGAAGUUAUUUGGCGACCUAGUUGACAUUGCGAAAUUCAAGCCAGGAAAACCCACAUCCGGAAGAGCUGGUAGCAUGUGAAACUGCACUUCUUUAUUGGAUUUUGAUUUUAUUUUUUUUUUCUACACAAUAUUUUUGGCUUGCUAACUCAUUUUCUUGUCUUUCAUUUUCUAAUUAUAUAUAUAUAUAUUUUCUUCUUUUACCAACCUCGUGUCUCAGUUGUGCUU